AUGAGCUCGGAGAAGCCAAAUUUUCUGUCACAGCCCGUCGUGAAGAACAUUUUCAUGUUCCGAAACGGCGAUCCUUACUUCGAGGCUCGCCGGAUUGUCAUAAACCAAAAGAGGGUGUCCAACUUUGAGAGUCUGCUGAGAGAGGUGACCGGCGGGAUCCAAGCCCCGUUUGGAGCGGUGAGAAACAUCUACACACCGAGAGGAGGCCACAAGGUGGACUGCAUGGACAGCCUGCGAAGCGGGGAGCAGUACGUGGCUGCUGGGAGAGAGAGAUUCAAAAGGCUGGACUACCAACAGAUCGGCUCGAGAAGGAAGAGGAUGAUGCAGACUCUGCCAAUGCAGGCCAAACCCCUGCCACCGAAUCGAAUCAUUGUGUCGGCUCGAUUCCUCAAACCCAUCAAGGAGCCAUGCACAAUAUUCGUGGUAGCAAAUGGCGACGUCUUGAACCCCGCCAUGAGGCUGUUGAUCCACCAGAGGAUGCUUGGCCAGUUUGAAAGAAUACUGGAGAUGAUCACGGAGAAGAUGGGUUUGAGAGUCCUGGGGGGCGUUCGAAGCCUCUACACCUAUGACGGCCACCCGGUGACUGAUGGGAAUCAGCUGGAGAGCGGUCAGCUUUAUGUGGCUGUGGGAAGGGAGAGAUUUAAGAAGCUGCCCUACAGUGACCUACUUUUCACCAAGCCCAGAGGGACAAGGAGGGUCAACGGAAUGAAAGCUUACUCUCUACCGCCUAUCUACAGAUUCUCCAAGCAAAAUGGAACCAGUAAAUCUAUGGUGCGAAGCAGUGACAGUGGCGAUGGAGACUCCAAGGUCUCUCCUCCAGGCCACAAUGGCAACAGCAAGGACCACCUGUCCUCCAUCGUCAGAGAGAUCUCUCAGGCCAGACUCCUCUCCCUCAGGAAGAAGAGGAGCGGGCAAAGCAUGACCCUCGGCAUCUCUGACAACGAUGACCUGGAAUCAAAGGAUGACGAUGGAAACACCACGGACAAAACCGCUCAAGAGCAGCCGGCCGAAGAGAAACCUGCAGACGGUGAUACAAAAGCCGCGGAGGAGAAUGGUGAAACGGCGGGAGAGAAGGAGGAGGCUGCCGCUGAAAACACCACAGAAGAAGACACUUCUGCAAGCAAAGGAGAAAAGGAAGAAACCCAGGAGGCAACUGAUGAAAAAGAGAGAAGCGAAGAGAAGGAGGAAAAUGAUGAGCAGAGUGAUGAAAAAGAGGGAGAGGCAACAGCAGGAUCUGAGGAGAAGGAGGAGAAGGUGGAGGAAAAAGUGAAGGAGGAGGUUAAGAGUGAGGAGCAGGGGUCCAGUGGUAACAACGGUGAUAAGAGCCAGGACAGCAAAGAGAAAGAGGAUGGAAGCCAUGCAUCUUCUGAGGGUGAAAAGGAUGUGCAAGACAAGAACAAAGAAGAAGAGAAGCAAGAUAGAGACAGUGGAAAGGGGGAGAAAAGCAGCAAGGACCAAGUUAAUGAUGUAGACACGGGGGAGAAACAGAGGGAGACAGAAAACAGCAACAGCCCGGCGAAGGCUCAGUCAGAUAACGAGACAAAGGACAACGAUAGCGGCAGAAGUAGCAGCAGCAACAGUAACCAGGAAGAAGAUGUGAGCAAAACAAAAGAGGGAGCCACCAAAGAGUCAGGAGAGGAGGAGAGAAAGGUGAACGGAGAGGUCAGCGGAGGAGAUGAUGAGGUGGAGAGUGAAGCAGAGCCGGACAUGGAGGAGAAAAAUGCAGCCAGUCUCAAAGAUGCCACAGCGAAUGGAGAGAAAGGGGAGGGCGAGAGUCAGGACAAUCAAGACAAAAGCAGCAAAGAGAAGGAUUAG